AUAAAUAAAAAAAGUUCGUUGAGAACAAAGCAACAUUUGUAUUUAGAGAGUGAGCAGUCGAUAGGUAGUAAGCAACUCUCCCUCGUCGUCUCCGCCCAACUGACCCUCUUUUCUUCAUAUCAUUCCAUUUUCCAUUUUCUCUUUCACUCUCAUUUUCUUUUCCAAAAUGAAUGCAAAUUCUCUUUCUUCUUCGAUGAUCUCAAUGGCUUCUCCUUCUCCUUCUCUUUCUCUUCGCAACACAACCACUCUCAUUCUCCCUCGCUACUCCUCUUCCUCCUCUCGCCGCAAACCUUUUUCCUUCAAAAUCCAAGCCAAGAUCCGUGAAAUCUUCAUGCCUGCACUCAGUUCCACUAUGACUGAGGGUAAAAUCGUCUCAUGGAUCAAAUCCGAAGGCGACACUCUCUCCAAAGGCGAUAGUGUCGUCGUUGUUGAAUCCGAUAAAGCUGAUAUGGAUGUUGAAACUUUCUACGACGGUAUUCUCGCCGCAAUUGUUGUGGAAGAAGGCGAAACCGCUCCCGUUGGUGCUCCUAUUGGUUUACUCGCUGAAACUCCUGAAGAUAUCGCUGAAGCUCAAGCCAAAGCCAAAUCUGUCAAAUCAGCUUCUUCUUCAUCUCCUCCUCCUCCAGUGGCUGAUUCUCCACCUCCGGUGACUUCUCAGUCUUCUCCUCCUUCUCCACCACCACCGGUUCAGUCUGUUUCCGAUGGUCCGAAGAAAAUUACGGCAACACCUCAGGCGAAGAAGCUUGCGAAACAGCAUAAGGUAGAUAUUAAUUCCAUCAAUGGGACUGGUCCAUUUGGUAGGAUUACUCCGGCUGAUGUGGAGGCUGCUGCUGGGAUCACACCAAAGAGUAAUGUGGCUCCGGUGGCGGCGACUUCUGCUCCGGUGGUGGCGUCAGUUUCAUCAAAACCAGCUGAUGUUUCUUCUGCACCUGUGAUUCCGGGUUCGAGUAAUGUUGCUUUUACAACUAUGCAAUCUGCUGUUGCUAAAAACAUGAUGGAGAGUCUCUCUGUUCCUACUUUCCGUGUUGGAUAUCCAGUUACCACGGAUGCUCUUGAUGCUUUCUAUGAAAAGGUGAAACCCAAGGGCGUGACUAUGACUGCUAUAUUGGCCAAGGCGGUUGCUAUGACACUUGUUCAACAUCCGGUAGUUAAUGCCACCUGCAAAGACGGCAAGAACUUUCAUUAUAACAACAACAUUAAUGUUGCGGUUGCUGUGGCAAUCAAUGGUGGCUUGAUAACCCCAGUUCUUCAGGAUGCUGAUAAGUUGGACUUGUAUUUGUUGUCCCAAAAAUGGAAAGAACUAGUUGGAAAGGCUCGUUCAAAGCAAUUGCAACCUCAAGAGUAUAAUUCAGGAACUUUCACGCUUUCCAAUUUGGGUAUGUUCGGAGUUGAUAGAUUUGAUGCCAUACUUCCACCGGGCCAGGGGGCUAUCAUGGCUGUUGGAGCAUCAAAGCCCACUGUUCUGGCUGAUGCAGAUGGAUUCUUCAGAGUGAAAAGUAAAAUGCUGGUGAAUGUAACGGCCGAUCACAGAAUAAUUUAUGGUGCUGACCUGGCUGCCUUCCUUCAGACAUUCUCUAAAAUCAUUGAAAACCCAGAAAGCCUAACAUUAUAGUCAUUCUUCACAUUAAGAUACAUUUAGUUCUACCAGUCAGUGUUUCUUGAGAGGCUUAAUUCUUAAACUUUUGCACUUUCUUUUUGUUAUAGUUUACUUUUACUAGAUCGAUCACCCAUGAAUUCUUAAACUUUUGUACCUUUUCUUUGCACUUUCUUUUUGUUAUAUUUUACAUUUUUACUAGAUUGAUCAUCCUUGUGAUGUACGGGUCACUCGCCUGUGAUUGUAAUAAUAUUUGUGCACUUUGAGAAACUAUAAUUUAAGUAUCUACUAAUUUAAUUGUCUAUUAAUAAUGUUCAGCUGUUUAA